AUGUCAAGCAUAUCUUUCAGAGGAAGUUCGAAAGGACCGCGGCCCUUAAAAGAAGGAAAUGGUAAAGGGAAACCUUUGACCCGUCCUCGCCUCAGAGGCUCGAGUCCACCUCCUCCACCAAAGUUUCAAGGAAAAGUCUCCUUCGACAGCAUUGGAUCACUUUCGGAGCCCACAGAGAGGAAUACCAGAAGCUACACACAAAACUCUAAACAUGAGGGAUAUCAGUACAAGCGAUCCUCCAGGACUUUUAUGGUCGGCAUAGAUGAAAAUUCGUAUUCGGACAUUGCUUUACAGUGGAUGCUGGAGGAGCUCGUUGAUGAUGGGGACCAAAUUAUCUGUUUGAGGGUUGUUGAUAAAGACUCGAAAAUGAUCACUGACAGAGCCCUGGAGAUCAAGCAAUACCAGCAGGAGGCAAGAGAGCUACUGGAUGCUAUACAGAAAAAGAAUGAUGACAAUAGAGCUGUUAGUAUUGUACUGGAGUAUGCCAUAGGAAAAGUCCAUACCACAUUUCAAAAAAUGAUUCAAAUUUACGAACCUGCAAUGCUUAUCGUUGGAACUCGAGGGCGAAGUCUGGGUGGUUUUCAGGGGUUGUAUUCGCCUAUACCUGUUGUUGUCGUAAGACCUACGGAGAAGAGGUUAAAGAAGAAACAAAAAAGAGAUGCCGAUCCUGCACGCCAAAGUUACAGUCGUAUCUUACAAGAGAGUGGAGUAAAUGGCCAUGAAACAUCAAUCGUUGCAAGCAAUCUCGAGAGCGCGAUCGGCCCUCUUAUUGAGGCGCACGCCGUUGCAGCAGCUCUCGGUUUACCAGCGGAGUUCGAUCCUACAUUGACGCCAUUUACUCUUGAGGGUAGUCGACCUCUCAAAAAGAUAGAUUCCGGCAAAAGCGAAGCAACAAGCUGUACCAGUGGAUUUGAUUCUCGACCUCAAAGUCCAGAAAUGCUUGUGAAGAGUCCUAGUUCUGCACAGCUUGAUAGUCCGAUCAUGAGUGGUGAUGAUUACAGUGAUGGAGAAGGGGACGACGAUGAAGGAGAAUUCGAGGCCGUACCGGGACACACGCUACUUGGCAACGAUAAUACAGCUCAGCCAAACCCGGAAAUCGAAAAGAAGAAGAAGCUCCAUGAGAUGGAGUUCGAAGAAGCAAAAGCUUUGUUUAGAAAAUCAUCUACUGGCUCUACUGAAAGCGUUGAUCCAGAAGGUGGAGGAGAGAAGGGGGGGGAAAGGGGAGGAGAGAAGGGGAGGAGAGAAGGGGAGGAGAGAAGGGGAGGAGAGAAGGGAAGGGGAGAGGGGGAUAGCGGAAGAAGGGAGCGGGGGAGAGGGAAGGAGAGGGAAGGAGAGGGAAGGAGAGGGAAGGAUAGGGAAGGAGAGGGAAGGAGAGGGAAGGAGAGGGAAGGAGAGGGAAGGAGAGGGAAGGAGAGGGAAGGAGAGGUAAUAGGAUGA